GCACAAGUGGUGUAGCCAUCAAUAAAUUCUCACCAUCCCCAAUUAACGCAUAGUCAGACUGGUUACGAGUCUAGUUUCACGCGCCGCACGAGCGCUGCCACAUUGAAAGCUUCCAAGCUGACCCCAUAAUAUUUUCCCAUAGAGCGACCUGGCUACAAAGGAAUAUUAUUAGUAUUCGCGCCUCUCUGUUUCUUUAGUAUCACGGAGACAUGUUGUCCUGAAUACUCAUAAUAGCCGCAGCACAUGCUUCAACCCUCCACAUCCAACUUUCCACCUCUUUACGCACUCCAAACCGCCAUUAUUAGUACGCGUGCAACAACGUCCAAGACUCCAGUGACCCCAGGAGAAGUCAACGCAGCGGUCCUUGUUCCGUUGUGUAACGUCGACGGUGUACCCGGCGUGCUACUCGAACUGCGAGGCGGUAAACUGAGGUCCCAUGCUGGCGAAGUCAGUUUCCCUGGUGGAAGGGUCGACCCAGCAGAUGCAUCGUUUCUUGCUGCUGCGCUCAGAGAAACACAAGAAGAAGUAGGUCUAGAUCAUCGGCAGAUCGACAUUCUUGGCCAAUUUGGCCCGCCUGAGCGAAGUCUCAUGGGUCUCAGAGUAUGGCUCUAUGUCGGCUUCAUCCCUGAUGAUCCCUUACCCUCCAUCUCGCUUUCCUCACUCACCAUAUCUCAGGCCGAGGUAGCGACCGCCAUUGAUGUCUUUGACCUUGUGGAGGGGUUCGAGGGAGUAAACGAUCCAUCGGGACACUCGGAAGUGAGUGGUGGGAAGGAGGGACGUUUAGAAGUAUGGGGUUUGACAGGUUGGUACGUGAUAUUGCUCAUGCGAAUUUUAAAGGUAUACACUUGA